AUGUCAUCCGAGUCUGAAGCAAAUGACUUGCGAAUGUCCAGACAGAUAUGCAGGCAGGCGGUGCGAGAUCGAUCUGUGCAACCAGGAUCCAGGAAAAUCAUACGUGGUCAAUGUGAGCCUAAAGUUUGGAUGAUUGUAGUUAUAACUAGCUUCUGUUCGAAUGGUACAGCAAUGAGCAAUUGCGCAGACCGAACUCCUUGCCUGAACGGCGGAAUUUGUGAAAUUAUAAACAACUUGGCUUUAUGUCGAUGUGCUGAUACUUACGGUGGAGAAAAUUGUGAGAUUUAUUUCGGUCAUCAGCAUCCCUGUGAAAAUCAUUGUGAAAACAAAGGUAUAUGUACCUUAAAAGCUCUCGAUUCCGUACCACAUUGUCAUUGUAUUGAUGGAUGGCAUGGUUCUACUUGCGAAAUACCUGACGAUUGUGAAAAUUAUUGUCUGAACGGCGCUACAUGCCAAUAUCCGAGAGAUAAUGAUUAUAUGCCUAUAUGCCUGUGUAAAGAAGGUUAUACUGGUUCUCGAUGUGCAUCCCUGGCUACAGGUUAUUCCACAGCCGAGGAUUCCCACGUCGAAACUGGUCAAAUAAUUGCAGGAGUUGCCAUUGGUGUCACCGUGGUGUUAUUAGUCGUAGGAAUGGUGUGUGCAGCAUUUUAUGUAAUUCAAAGGAGAAGAACGCAUACGCCGUUCACACAUUCCAGAUUACGUAAUGAUAAUUUGGAAAUAACGAAUCCAAUUUACUUGGAAGAUCUUGGGGAAGAACCGACUGAGAGAGAGCAGCCGUACCCGACAUCUACUGAUAAGAUCAAUUUUGCAAACCCCGUAUAUGAAACAAUGUAUAGUGCAUCAGAUUCAGAUAAUGUGAGAUUAAUGCCAGGAUCUGAAGAGAAGAAAGGACUUCUAAAUCAUCAACAAGAUGAUACUUCUACCACAUAGGAUUAAAUUGAAAAAAAAAACAAUACAUUUAAAAUUUUGUACAUAAAGCAAUAUCGUCCUUUUAGAAAUAAUUCGUAUACAACAUUGCC